GCGAGGAGAGGGUAGGAAGGCACCAGCCCAUCUUGGGGCUCAGUUUCUGUAUUUGAAAAAAAAAAAAAAAAAACUGUGUUGCACUUGUAAACCCCUUUCCGGCUGUCGGAUUCUUUGGGACUGGAAUUCUUUUCUCCCAAUGAUCAGGCAUUACUGGGGGAGGAGACUUAAUGUGUCAUCUCAUUUAAUUAUCAAGAUCUACCCAUUCAGUGAGGUGAUCUACCUGAAGGUCAUGCAAGGAUUUGACUCAGGCAUCCGACUCCAGACUUGUUUACCUCUAAUAUUUCCAUAUACUUCCUCCUCCUCCUCAUAGCUGAGGCUUCUGUGGUUUCCGUCUGUCUACUGGACCCUUACCAUAACCGGGGAUAGCAGCCACUUCUUGACAGUCUUUUGUCAGUUCUCAGGGUGGAGAAGUCUUGCUCAAAAGCUGUAAGAGGUUGCAGCCUUGAUUGAGGCAGUAGUAUUAGAGCUUUAGGUCCUGGAGUGGCACAUUUAGUUCUGGGAUCACUUUCGUGGUGUGGUUUAAGAAAAAGUCAUCAGUAUCUUUGUAUCUGGAAAGCUAUCUGAGUAUGGCUAUCAGGAGAGAAGAGAGAAUGCCCCCCCCCCUUUAAUAAAAAAGGAAUCACACUAGGGAUUUAAACUUAGGGAUUGACAGUUACUUACACUUGACUGUUAUCAGAGUUUAAGUGUUCAUCGAAUUAACUCUAAAGUGAGGGUGGGAACCUGUUGUGGUCCGCUGUGAUGAGCUUGUUUUCAUAGGAAUCUGUUGGGCUGAAAGGCCUUUUAGGAUGAAAGGUGAGCACCGAUCGUUACUCAGCAUCACAAAAGGGUAGGUGGAGUUGUUUGUGGGAGACUUCUUUGUGUUACUGCUUCAUUAAUAGCCUGGCCCUCAGUUCGGAGUCAGGGAAUCUAAAGUGAACAAACAGGAUGUGGUCUUCACCGUCCUGGGGCAGGCUUGGGGGAGGAGGGGUAUUUGUGACAUUUAAUGUAAAUGGUCACCCCUGGCCUGGUGCAGUGAAUUAGUUUAUGUUUCUCUUUGGCUAUCUUUUUUACCUGAAGCCAUAUGACCCUUCCUCUUCUUUAUUGUUCCUAAACUUGAAAUUUAAGUAUAGUGUUGAUUGUAUCAAUGAAUACCUUUUAAGUUUCAUUUCUAAUUUUUAUUUUUUUGAGAUUUUAUUUAUGUAUGUAUUUGUUUGACAGAGAGAGAGCAAGCAGUGGGAGCAGCAGAGGGAGAGUGCUUGAGCCGAAGGCAGGUCGUGAUGUCUCGAGAGACGGAAGGGAAGUGUCAGCAGUCCCACGGCAGUGGCACCUGUUCCCAGUCCCAAGGUGGCUUCUCUCAGUCUCAAGGCAUCUCCUCCCAGACACAUGGCGGCUCUUCACAGUCUCAAGGCACGUCCAGCUCCAGCAGCACGGCACCCACAUCUAGCCAGUCCUCUCACUCCAGCUCAGGAACGCUGAGCUCUUUGGACACAGUGUCUACCCAAGAACUCUGUUCUAUUCCUGAGGACCAAGAACCCGAGGAGCCUGUCCCCGCCCCUUGGGCUCGAUUAUGGGCCCUUCAGGAUGGAUUCCCCAAUCUUGAGUGUGUUAAUGACAACUACUGGUUUGGGAGAGAUAGAAGCUGUGAAUACUGCUUUGACGAGCCAGUGCUGAAAAGAACAGAUAAAUACCGGACUUACAGCAAGAAGCACUUUCGGAUUUUCAGAGAAAUGGGUCCUAAAAACUCUUACAUCGCAUACAUAGAAGAUCACAGUGGGAAUGGAACCUUUGUAAAUAGAGAGCUGGUAGGGAAAGGAAGACGCCUUCCUUUGAAUAACAAUUCUGAAAUUGCACUUUCAGUGUGGAGUAAUAAAGUUUUUGUAUUUUUUGAUCUGACUGUAGAUGAUCAAUCAAUUUAUCCUAAGGAAUUAAGAGACCAAUACAUCAUGUCAAAAACUCUCGGAAGUGGUGCCUGUGGUGAGGUGAAGCUAGCUUUUGAGAGGAAAACGUGUAAAAAAGUAGCCAUAAAAAUCAUCAGCAAAAGGAAGUUCGCUAUUGGUUCUGAGAGAGAGGCUGAUCCAGCUCUCAAUGUUGAAACAGAAAUAGAAAUUUUGAAAAAACUAAAUCAUCCUUGUAUCAUCAAGAUUAAAGACUUUUUUGAUGCCGAAGAUUAUUACAUUGUCUUGGAAUUGAUGGAAGGAGGAGAGCUCUUCGACAGGGUGGUGGGAAAUAAGCGCCUGAAAGAAGCUACGUGCAAACUCUAUUUUUACCAGAUGCUCCUGGCUGUCCAGUACCUUCACGAAAAUGGUAUUAUACAUCGGGACUUAAAGCCAGAGAAUGUUCUGCUCUCAUCUCCGAAAGAGGACUGUCUUAUAAAGAUUACUGAUUUUGGGCAGUCUAAGAUCUUGGGGGAGACCUCUCUCAUGAGAACAUUAUGUGGUACUCCUACUUACCUGGCUCCUGAGGUUCUUAAUUCCUUUGGGACUGCUGGAUAUAACCGGGCUGUGGAUUGUUGGAGUUUAGGAGUGAUUCUUUUUAUUUGCCUUAGUGGGUAUCCACCUUUCUCUGAGCAUAAGACUCAAGUGUCUUUGAAGGAUCAGAUCACCAGUGGAAAAUUCAAUUUCAUUCCUGAAGCCUGGGCAGAGGUCUCAGAAAAGGCUCUGGACCUUGUCAAGAAGUUGUUGGUAGUGGAUCCAAAGGUGCGUUUUACGACAGAAGCAGCUUUAAGACACCCGUGGCUUCAGGAUGAGGACAUGAAGAAAAAAUUUCAGAAUUUGCUUUUUGAAGAAAAUAAGUCGGUGUCUCUACCCCAUGCCCCAGCCCAGCCGUCCACGAGUCGAAAGCGGCUUCUUGAAGGGGAAGCAGAGGAUGCUGAUACCACAAAGCGUCUGGCUGUGUGUGCUGCUGUGUCGUGAACACUGGUUUGACAUGAAAGGAAUCUGCCGCCUUGAACCCUGCUGCCAUUUUCUUUAAAUCUGUUUUUUUGUUUUGUUUUGUUUUUUUAAUAGUGUAUUGUAAUUGUGGGGAAGGUUGCUUUUUCAUGAUCAUCAAUACACAAUCCCAAACAUA